AUGGCCGCUCGCCACAGUUCUUCCAGCUCCUCGACCUCAGCCAUCGCCUAUAAGGCAUUGCGCCGUCGACAAGCUCCUCUGCCCACCAAUGAGGCGCCCCCAGCGUGGUCGGCCCAGGCCGCCGUCUCCAACAUCCUCUACGAGACCCCCUCGCCAUCCAUGGCCCCUCCGAAGCGCCACAUCCUGAACUGUCUGGUGCAGAACGAGCCUGGUGUCCUGUCCCGCGUGUCCGGUAUCCUGGCCGCCCGCGGCUUCAACAUCGACUCCCUGGUUGUGUGCAGCACCGAGGUCGCCGAUCUGUCGCGUAUGACCAUCGUCUUGACGGGCCAGGACGGCGUCGUCGAGCAGGCGCGCCGCCAGCUGGAGGAUCUGGUCCCAGUCUGGGCCGUGCUCGACUACACCAGCGCGGCGCUCGUGCAGAGGGAGCUGCUCCUCGCCAAGAUCAACAUCCUCGGCCCCGAGUACUUCCAGGAGCUCCGGCUGGCACCCAGCGAGGCCCUGCGCUUGAAGCAUGAGCAUCUGAAGAGCAUCACCUACUUUGCGCACCAGUUUGGAGGCAAGGUGCUGGAUAUCAGCAACAGCAGCUGCAUUGUCGAGAUAUCCGCGAAGCCAAACCGAAUUGACUCCUUCCUCAAGCUGAUCGGACCAUUCGGCAUUCUCGAGUCUGCUCGGACUGGAUUGAUGGCCAUGCCACGGUCACCUCUCUACGGGCCCAAGGGACGACAACAGCCUUAA